CUUGUCGUGUUCGACCUAAACAAUGAUAAAAAGAAGAAGAAGACCUUCGAUCAAACUUUUUUUUUCUCUCAAUUCUGAUCGUCAAUGGCGAUUACUACUACGGUUACAGUUCGUAUCACUGAUGAAAUCUCUCCCACCUUCUUCUUCUCCUCAGCUUCCACUAGAGCUUACAAUCUCGAUAUUUGCUACUGGAAAUCAAACCCCAUCGCGUAUGAUCGCCUUACGAUCCGGAGGUUCGGAAUCGGUGGUAAGUUGAAUGCGACGGUUAAUCCGUAUUCGUACACGGAAGUAGCACGGCCUGAGGAGAGGAAGAGUUUGACGGAUUUUUUUGUGGAAGCUGGAGAUUUCGUCGGAUCAGACGGUGGUCCGCCUCGGUGGUUCUCUCCGUUGGAAUGUGGCAAACGCGCUCCUGAAUCGCCUCUUCUUCUCUACUUACCCGGGAUCGAUGGUACUGGAUUAGGGCUCAUUCGCCAGCAUAAGAGGCUUGGAGAGAUAUUUGACAUAUGGUGCCUUCACUUUCCAGUCAGUGAUCGUACUCCUGCUCGAGAUCUUGUGAAGCUCAUUGAGAAGACAGUUAGGUCAGAGCACUACCGUUUCCCAAAUAGACCCAUUUAUAUUGUUGGAGAAUCUGUUGGAGCUUCUCUUGCUCUAGUUGUUGCAGCCAGUAACCCUGACAUUGAUCUUGUCUUGAUUCUGGCUAAUCCAGUCACUCGUUUCAACAACUUCAUCUUGCAAUCUUUAUUGGGCUUCCUGGAAAUUUUGCCUGACGGAGUUCCCAGCUUGAUAGCAGAGAAUUUUGGGUUUAACCAAGGUUCUCCGUUGACAGAAAUGUUCGAGACCAUGCUCAAUGAAACUGAUGCCGCGCAGAUGGCUAGAGGGCUAUUAGGAGAAUUAUUUGCAACUUCAUCUAACCUGCCUACUCUGGUGAGAAUCUUUCCCAAGGACACACUUCUGUGGAAGCUUCAAUUGCUUAAGUCUGCUUCAGCGUGUGCUAAUUCGCAGAUGGACACAGUCAACGCCCAAACACUGAUACUUCUGAGUGGACGUGAUCAAUGGUUAGUGAACAAGGAAGACAUUGAGAGACUCCGCGCAUUGGCAAGAUGUGAAGUUCGUGAGUUUGAGAAUAAUGGACAGUUCCUCCUCUUGGAGGAUGGCGUAGAUCUGGUGAGUAUCAUCAAGCGUGCAUAUUAUUAUCGCCGUGGGAAGUCACUUGAUUACAUUUCAGAUUACAUUCUGCCUACCCCAUUUGAGUUCAAAGAGUAUGAAGAAUCCCAAAGAUUGGUAACUGCUGUUACCUCUCCAGUCUUUCUCUCAACUCUAAACAAUGGUGCAGUAGUAAGAUCACUUGCAGGACUACCUUCAGAGGGACCGGUUCUAUAUGUUGGAAAUCACAUGUUGCUUGGUAUGGAGUUGCAUGCAAUAGCACUUCAGUUCUUGAAAGAAAGGAACAUUCUGUUGCGAGGACUGGCACAUCCAUUGAUGUUUACCAAAAAAAAAGGCUCAAAACUCCCUGAUAUGCAGUUGUACGACUUAUUUAGGAUAAUAGGCGCAGUUCCUGUCUCGGGUAUGAAUUUCUACAAACUACUUCGUUCAAACGCUCAUGUGGCUUUGUAUCCUGGUGGUGUCCGCGAAGCUUUGCACAGAAAGGGUGAAGAAUACAAGUUGUUUUGGCCAGAACACUCCGAGUUUGUAAGGAUCGCAUCUAAAUUUGGAGCAAAAAUCAUUCCUUUUGGAGUUGUUGGAGAAGAUGAUCUUUUCGAAAUGGUUUUAGAUUACAAUGAUCAAUUGAAGAUCCCUUUCUUGAAGAAUCUUAUAGGAGAGAUAACACAAGACUCUGUUAACUUGAGGAACGAUGAAGAAGGUGAACUGGGAAAACAAGAUUUGCAUGUGCCUGGGAUAGUUCCCAAGAUUCCGGGACGGUUUUAUGUAUACUUUGGGAAACCAAUAGAAACAGAAGGUAGAGAGAAAGAGCUAAGUGAUAAAGAGAUAGCUCAGGAGGUUUACUUGCAGGUCAAGUCUGAGGUAGAAAAAUGUAUGACCUAUUUGAAGAUCAAAAGAGAAACUGAUCCUUACAGAAACAUUUUGCCGAGGUCGCUCUAUUACCUCCUUCAUGGUUUCUCUUCCCAAAUCCCAACCUUUGAUCUACGAGAUCAUUAAAUUUAGUUACUAAUUUUGUGUUGUAGUUCUAUUUACAGGGUACCUGAUUUAGCUGUGUGAUAAAAAAAUAAAAACUCGUAAAUUUGGGUAUGUUAUUGAACUUUGAAAGUGUGUAUGGCUGUUAGUUAAUGUGGAAGUGAGCGAGUCGGGAGUUUUUUUUUUUAUCGAGAAUUAUAUUUGUGUUAAUUUUUAUAAACCGAGAGAGGUUCGAGACAGUAACAGUAGUGUUCUCUGCAGAGUGAGUCGGCCAUUACUGAAAGUGAAACCUACUUGGUAUGGCUAUGUAAAUCAGGGAUAGAUGAUUACUCUCUAUUUUAUAUGUACAACGUUCUUUUAUUUUCUUCUAACAAAAGCUAAUGAAGUAAGAAACUUAGAAUUGGCGCGCCAAAUUGUUGAUGUCCAAAUCGGUUACAAUUAGAGAUUUUAUUCGGUGGAAAAUAUAUAGAAGGUCUCUUUAUAAAUCUGUGCCGAGACACGUACAAGUCGGACCACAAGACUCAACUAGACGAGCUAAAAACGACGAGGACAAACAAGUUAAGAGAGAAGUGACAAGCUAAGAGAUUCCGAAACUGAAAAAAUCUGUCUCUCAUCAAAUCAUCAUCAUAAUCACCUUUCUUCUUCUUCUUCCGUAAGCUGCUCAAUUUUCUUCCAACUAUUUCUAUAUCCAGAAACCUAGUCAAGCUUCCUCUCUUUCCCACUACCUCUCGUUCUAUUAUCCGGCAUAAGAAUCCUCCUUCAGAUCUAGUCAUUGUCGUCUCCACUUCUUCAGAUCUGAUUCUCGCAGUUCUUCAAAUCAUUUAUGUUCUUGCUUCUUCGAUUUGUGUUUCGUUUCUAAGAUCGAUCUAGAAGUAGGUCUCUUUGCUCAAUGGUAUACGAUUCUCACUUUUCUUCAACUUUUUUGAAUCUGAUUUUGGUUCAUGUGAUUGGUCGUUUAAUUGGCUUGGACGAGGAAGAAGGCGAGGUACCUUGAAGUUUUGUGGGAAAAAAUGGAUUUUUUUUUAAGUACUUCAAACUGGUGUUGUGAGCUCUGCUUCUGGUUCUGGUUAUGCUGAGUUUGGGAACACAAAAGUCAUUGUUUCAGUGAGCGUAUUAUUAGAUAACACUUCUCCGUCAGUGUUCAUUUUGAUUUAAAAGCAUAUCUUCAAAGCUUCAAGUUUAUUAGCUUAGUAGAACCAGUCACGAGCUGCAAAACGGUAUGACACCAUUGCAGAAGAAGUUACAAAGAUCAGAAGUCCACUAUGAAUUUGUCGUAGAAAAAGUUUGAAGAUAUGAAUUUGAGAGACGUAUCUCUUUUUCCAAGCUUUUGUAAUUUUUUUCAUUCUUAACUGGGUUUUAAUUUGGUAACUAAACAUUCGGUUCUCAUAGUGAAUGAUGCAAAUUAAGAAAGACGACGCCAAAGUGGCAAAGCCGUAUUUGAGUUUUACACAUUGUGAGUUCAAGGAAUUUUUGUAAAUCGUGUCACUUGCAGUUUAUGCAAGAUGUGAACAAUCAUGUCAAUUGCAGAUACAUUUAUCAACA